AUGGGUGGCCAAAAUAGCGUCGCCGCGCCACUACUGAUAGGAUUGCUGCUUACAGCGUUUGCAGCACUUGGAAUGACGGAUUCAGAUCUCGUGAGCGACCCGAGUUUUGAGCAGCUGCAGCAAUCACAGGCCUCCGGCUGGCACCUAUGGUCGUUCGCACAUCCCAUCUGCCAGACAUCCUCUACCUCGCUCGCCGCCUCCGCCACAUCUCGUCUCGACAUCCGCCCCGCGUCCUCCGAUGCCCCUCCGCCGUACGAUGGCAGCUGCGUGCUGCAGCUCGGCGGCUGCGACAACCCUGAGCGCUGCUUAUGGGGCGCGGCGGAGCAGUCUAUCUCCACGGAACCCGGCCGGCGGUACCGCCUGAGCUUCUUUUUCGCGCGUCGACAACCGCUGCAGCGCGCGCUGCUCAUGCAGGUCUCUUUCGGCGGCGCCAACGCCUCCUUCUCCUCCGCCGAUGCCGCGAGCGUGGAUGCGAACGGGUACGCGCAGGGCACUCUGGAGGUUGCGGCGAGCGGUGACAAGACGGCGGUCGUAUUCACAGUACUCUCGGCUGAGAACAGCACGAUCGUCGAUGGCGUAUCCGUUGAGCCCAUCGACGGCGCAGACGCGGCCGGCGGCCUCUUCUCCGUGUUAGCAUCGGGCGACGCGUCCUCCUCCUCCUCGUCUUCCUCCCCGUCGCCGCUCUCUCUCGUCGUGAUAAUCGCCGUGCCUGUAGCCGUCAUGGCCGCCAUUCUCAUCGCCAUCCUCGUCAUGUACAAGCGCCGGCUCGCUCCGGCCGGCAAGGAGCUGUCGUUCGAAGGCGGAAUCGACUCGGCCGUGCCGUCCACGCCGUCCUCCAAGUCCAAGUGCGUGCGCUUCACCUUCGACGAGCUCCGCCGCGCCACCAGCGGCUUCAACGUGCUGCGCCGCCUCGCCGCGCCGUCCAACACCAGCGGAGCCUACGGCGCGGUGUUCCGCGCGGAGGCCCCCGGCGGGCUGGAGUGGGCGGUGAAGCGCUUCCACCGCUUCAACUGGGGCGCGGCGGGGGAAUCCGAGCCGUCGUUCGUGGAUGAGGUGGAGGCGAUCGCACGGCGGUCGCACCGCAACAUCGUGGGCAUCGUCGGGUUCUGCUGCGCGGGGAGCGAGCGACUCGUGGUGUACCAUCUCAUGCCGCACGGGUCGCUCCGCGAUAACCUGCUCACCGCCGGCAACUCUCCUAUGCCUCUGCAGCAGCGCGUGCGCGUGGCGAUCGGGGUGGCGGAGGGCCUGGCGUGGAUGCACUCGCAGCGGCCCAGGCUGCUGCACCGCAACCUCAAGCCGUCCAACAUCAUGCUCACCGCCGACGGCCAGCCCAAGAUCGCGGACUUCUGCUUCGUGCACCACGGCGAGGGCGGGCGGUUGAACGCCGUGCCACAGGCGCUUAACGAGGAGGGCUACCGCGACCCCGCCACGCAGCUGCUCGCGCCCUCCGCUCUCACCCCGCAACACACGGACGUGUACAGCUUCGGCGUGAUUCUCCUGGAGCUCAUCACGGGGCGGCGAGCUGUGGUGCCUGAUCCCGACGACGCGGACAACAGGCUGCGCAUCACGGAAUGGUCCACUUACCCUCCUCCCACUCCCCGCUUGCCUCUCCGCCCGCCCCUGCGGCUGGUCCUUCCCCUUGUCUUUCCUCUUUCCGCCCCAUUGUGUGCGGCGAUCCUACGCAUCUCACGUGUCCAGGCGGUGCAUUACGUGCACGAGGGCGACGUGCACCUCAUCGCGGAUCCGCGUGUGUUCUCGCGCACCUUUGCGGGGGCGUUCCAGCUGCUGGGGCAGAUUGCAGCGGACUGCGUGCAGGAGGUGGUGGAGCAGCGGCCCAGCAUGCGCGACGUGCGCGAGAGAUUGCUGGCUGUUGAGGCAGAGCACUUUGGGGAUAAUAAAGGCAUGAGCUCGGGCGUUGUGGUGGCCGGGUUGACUGAAGUUCGGGUUGAUGGCCGCUCAUUUCGCCGAGAAGCAGCCAUGGCGGAUGAAGACAUGGAGGAUUACGGAUUCGAGUACUCGGACGACGAGCCCGAGGAGCAGGAUGUUGACAUUGAGAAUCAGUACUACAACUCCAAAGGGCUAGUGGAGCGGGACACAGAGGCGGCGCUAGCGGGGUUCGCGGAGGUGGUGCAGAUGGAGGGGGAGAAGGGCGAGUGGGGCUUCAAGGCGCUGAAGCAGACGGUGAAGCUGCACUACCGGGAGGGGCGGGUGGCGGAGAUGAUGGCGGCCUACCGCGAGAUGCUCACGUACAUCCGCAGCGCCGUCACGCGCAACUACAGCGAGAAGUGCAUCAACAAGAUCCUGGACGUGGUCAGCACCAGCCAGAACCUCGAGCUGCUGCAGGAGUUCUACCAGACCACGCUGCUCGCGCUGGAGGAGGCGCGCAACGAGCGCCUGUGGUUCAAGACGAACCUGAAGCUGUGCAAGCUGUGGUUCGACCUGGGGGAGUAUGGCCGCAUGAGCAAGAUUCUGAAGGAGCUGCACAAGUCGUGUCAGAAGGACGACGGCACGGACGACCAGAAGAAGGGCACGCAGCUGCUAGAGGUGUACGCCAUCGAGAUCCAGAUGUACACCGAGACCAAGAACAACAAGAAGCUCAAGGAGCUGUACCACAAGGCGCUGGCGAUCAAGUCGGCCAUACCGCACCCGCGCAUCAUGGGCAUCAUCCACGAGUGUGGCGGCAAGAUGCACAUGGCGGAGCGCUCCUGGACCGACGCCGCCACGGACUUCUUUGAGGCAUUCAAGAACUAUGACGAGGCGGGCGCUCAGCGCCGCAUCCAGUGCCUCAAGUACCUGGUGCUGGCGAACAUGCUCAUGGAGUCACAAGUGGAUCCAUUUGACGCACAGGAAGCCAAGCCGUACAAGAACGACAAGGAGAUCUUGGCGAUGACCAACCUAGUGGCUGCAUAUCAGCGCAACGAGAUCCUGGAGUUUGAGAAGAUUCUUAAGAGCAAUCGGCGCACGAUAAUGGACGACCCAUUCAUCCGCAUGUACAUUGAGGACCUGCUCAAGAACAUCCGCACGCAGGUGCUGCUGCGCCUCAUCAAGCCCUACACCCGCAUCCGCAUCCCCUUUGUCUCCAAGGAGCUGAACAUCCCUGAGAAGGAUGUGGAGCAGCUGCUGGUGUCACUGAUUCUUGACAACAGAGUGCAUGGCCACAUAGACCAAGUCAACCAGCUGCUGGAACUCGGUGACAGGUCGAGAGGUCAACGGACAUACACGGCCCUGGACAAAUGGUCUGCUCAGUUACGGUCACUACAUCAGACUGUGGUUAACAAGAUCGGUUGA